UGCUUUGAAAGGUGAAAGGUCGAGUUCCUUACGAUUUUUUUCAUUUACUUCGAUCAUCCUCAGCUAAACUCGCGGAAUAAUCAACUUGAAGUCCUUUGCUGUGACCUCCUGCAAGGCCCCGUGUAAAAUCUGCUAAAGUUAGGUGACUGCUGAGUAACUUGAAAGAAACGCUACUAGUAGUCCGAGUUGGAAUGUGCUGGAGGUGUAAAAUACGUAUCUGAUUUCCAUGAAUCGGUAUAUAAAACAUGAAUGAUGAUGAAUGACAAUGAUGAUGAAGAGGCAAAGCUCAAUGAAGAAAUAGAAGCUGAAUUGGAGAAAAUCAGCAUUUCUUCCUUGGAAAAGUAUGUUGAUAGUGACUCAAAAUCAGAAACACAGAGCAAUGACAGUGAUUCAGAUUUAAUUGAAUUACCUGACUCAAUUCUUCACUCUAUCAACACCAUAAAGCAAAAAAGUAGCACUGCUGAAGAGCUCAUUCUUCAGGAUUUGGAAGAUACUGAUGAUUUAGAUUGUAAUUAUGGGACCCUUUCUAAUGAUCACAUGCAUUUAAGGAUAGAAUUACCAACUGGAUAUAAGGAGAAUCCAAGGCAAUUAAUGAAGAUAUUAGCUGAAAUAGAAAAGGAAGAAUUUAUGAGAAGUAAUAUUCAUUGUGACCAUCCUGAUUCCAUCUUAGAGUCUUGUGCUCAUGAGUUGCCUAUGGAUGAACAUACUUUUCCAGAUGAUCUUGAUAUAAAUUUUGGGUACUAUGAAGUUGAAGAAAAAUGUAGGCAGUCUUUUGAGGCUUGGCAAGAUAAGCAGAAAGAACUGGAAGACCAAAAGCAUGAAAUUCUCAAAAUACAGAGUGAAAAAGAAAAAAGACAGUUUCAAGAAGAAGAAGAAAAGAGAUAUUCCUGGAUGAGACAGUUUGAAAUUGAAAAGAAGAAGUUAGAAGAUAUUUAUAAGCAAGAACAGAACAAGAUUAAUGAGGAGCUCCAUACACAGGAGAAAAUAUGGAAAGAGAAAUUUAAACAGCAUGAGGAAUUUAUUAGAAACUUGAAUCUACAAAUGGAAGAAGAAAGAACAAGAUUUAAAGACCUACAGGAAAAAGAAAAAAUACGUUUGUUCAAAGUGAAGCAUAAUGCAGCCGUGAAAAUUCAAGCUACAUAUAAAGCUUUUGUAGUUCGUAGAAAAUAUGGCCCAAUCAUAAGAGAACAAUUAGAAAUUAAGAAAAGAAAAGCAGAAGAGUGGAAAGAAAAGGAGGCUAAAAUACGAAAAAUAGAAGAAGCAAAAUCGAAAAGAUUAGAGGAAAAACAAAGGAUAGAAAAUGAGAUUAGAAAGCAGAAAGAUGAAGAAAGGAUAGAAAGAGUAAAGGAAUAUGAAGAGAAAAAGAAUUUACUGAGACAAGAAAAAGGACAACUAUUAAAUAAGGAAAGAGUAAGGUUUAAAGAAGACACAAGCAAGCAGCUAAUGAUGAGUAGAACAUUAAAGCAGGGAGGGUAUAGUGCCAAAUAUUCAACUGUUAUGGGUAUACUAAAGGAUAAGAAUGGUAUAGCCAGAAGUCUGGAAGAUGAAACAUCAAAGAAGUGGGAACACCUUCCCCUUGGGCUAGUUGAAGAAUUAAAGAAUACAGAAAACGGAUGUAGACAGAGUACACUGCAAGAAUCACGACAAAUAAAAUCAGACAACUCUAUAACAAGCAAAACAGUUUUUACUGAAUUUAAAAUGGAAGAAAAACUAGGAAACCUACUGAAGCAACAAUGUUCAGGUAAAUCAGAAUAUGAAAAUAUAGAGAAAAAGUCUUAUUUGGAAAAUCAAGAUUUUAAAGAAAAUGCAAUGGAACAGUUUCAAUUGCAAGAAUUAAAGUCACAGGUCCCCAAAAAGGAAACAAUGAAAAUUGCUAAGUCUGAGAAUAUGAGCCAAGAAACACAAGUAGCAAUAGUACAACAUAAUAAGGCGAUUAGUGAUGUGGAGAAAAGUGAACUACAGAAAAUAAUCCAAGAUAACCAGCAAACUAAGAUACUGAAAGUGGAAAAUGAAGUGAUAUCAAAACAGAAUAGAAUACCAGGUGAAGAAAAUGUUCUAAUUAUUUCAAGAAGACAAAAUUCCCUACCUUUAAAAUUAGAAAAAUCUGAAGUCAAAGAGAAAAAUGUAAUAGUGCAAAGCCGAGAAAAUAAUUCAAAACCCGAAGAAACUGUUGCAAAUCCUCAAAAUAAUGUUCUAAAUAAUGACAUAAUUUUUUAUACCAGCGAUGGUGCAGGGACUCAAUUGGAUGACAAAAUAAACAAGAAAGAUACUAUUUUAGGUAGCAGUACUCCUUGCAAUGAUGUGGGUGGAUGUGUUGCAAAAAAUGCUCUAGUUUUUACGGGAGUAAAUUCUCCUAUGUCUCAAAAGAGAAAUAUUCCAGAACAAUGUCAUGAAAAUAGAGCUGAAUGUGCAAAUACUGUGACCUGCUCUUUGCCAGAGACAGCCCUCCUGUUGACUAUUAAAGAGAAGAAACUAGCUUGGGAAAAAUCAUUUAAACCUUGGCUUGAAAUUUUCAAGGAAAAUCAGCAAAAGAAGGUAGUUAAGAGAAAAAGACCUAUUAAAUGCCCAGUCAACAUCAUGUCUCCUUUAAACAUGAUAGAAAUUCUUCGACGUGGCCCUUGGAAUACUUUACAACAGGUUACAACAGUUGUAUUUCAGGAUUUGCCAGGUUGCAGUCUUUCUACACUGGCAGAAUGUUCAAAUCUUCAGUUUCUAUCUCUUCAACGCUGUGGAUUAACCAGUUUGGAUAGCCUGAGUAAUUGCAAAAAACUGAAGUAUAUUGAUGCCCAGGAAAAUCAUAUUGAGACUGUCAACUGUGAAAACUUAGAAAAUCUUUGUGUUGUUCUUCUGAAUAAAAACCAACUGACCUCUUUUCAUGGUUUGGAUGGCUGCAUUAAUAUUCAAAGUCUUGAAUUUUCACACAAUAAAAUCACUCGAAUUGCUGGUUUAGAAUCUUUGAGAAAUCUUCAGCAACUAAUUGUGAACCACAAUCAAUUAAUCAGUACAAAAGGCCUUUCUGAUUCACCAACAAUUAUCUAUCUGGAUUGUUCACACAACAAUCUUACCGAAGUAGAGGGUAUUGAAAACUGUGGAUUGCUGCAAGUAUUGAAAUUACAAGGGAAUUAUCUAAGUGAGCUUCCACCUCUGGAGAAUCAUGUUCUACUAAGAGAAUUGUACUUGGAUGAUAACAGCAUUUCAACUGUGGAAGCGUUUUCCUCAUAUUGGCUGCCCUUAUUACAAAAUAUCUCUCUCUCUCAAAACAGUUUGGCAAAGAUAACACCACUUUUUCAUUUUAUUUCUUUGGAAAAACUAGAUGUUAGCAACAAUUGUCUUUCUGAUCUUUCAAGUGCCAAAAGCUGGUUUGAUUCAUGCUAUUCUCUCCGUGAAUUAUCUCUCACUGGAAACCCAAUGCUUCAGGAAAUAAACUGGAGGAAUUUUGUACUUAAGACCUUACCUGCUCUAAGAAUCCUCAAUGGUGAAAUGUUAAACUCUUAUUUAGAAAACCACAUUGAAGAAUCCUAUCAACCAGAAUUUCGCCGUCUGUUGGAAUUUAGCCAGUCCCAGAUUAGAGAAUUAAAAUUAUUGGUUGAAAAGUAUAUUACUGGAAAAGGUGGAUCUUUUUCUCCGGAGAAAAAUGGGACUAAAAACUUUCCCAUGAUAAAUAUAUUCACCUUGGAUGCUGCAGAAAGUCUUUGCCUUUAUUUUAAGAAGAUGAUGACCCUAAGUAAUAAGCAUCGAUUUGCACAUGAGCAAGGCGAUGAAAGUAUGAACACGAGAGAAGAGGUAGAAGCCCAGCAAAAACAUAUAUCGCCUAAAAGUAGUGAUACAAUGCUGCAAAGGAGAGACCUUGACUCAGACCAUGUGAGGGAACACAGCCCAGAAGCACCAGAUGUUGCUGAGAAAAGAAAGGGUUCUGAUUCUGUUCAUUCUCCGUUAGCCACCUCUGCCUACUCUGAAGGUAGGGAAGGAGGAAGCCAAGAAACAAUCCGUCAGGAAACUGAGGCCAGCAACAAAAGCAGCAUGCCCACCAAAAGUCUUCCCUCCGUGGAAACAGUAAUGACACGUUCUCUGCUGAGUGAUUGUCCAAGUAUUGACUACCAUGACAAAACUAUGGCAGCUAUGGUAAUCCAGGCAUAUUGGCGUGCUUACAUUAAACACAAACUGAUAUCAAGUCCAGAUUCCUACAUCAAGAAUCACAUUAUUUUAAAAAAGAAAGAAAAAGAUAAUAUUAAAAAUUUACAAGAACAGAGAGAAAAUGCUGCAAUUCUUAUUCAGGCAGUUUGGAAGGGCUUUCUUUUACGAAAGAAACUGGCUACAGCUCUAGAAGCUAUUAAGAAUGAAGAAUCUGAAGAAGAAUAUGAAGAAAUAGAUUUAGAGGAUUUUACAUUUGAUGAAGCUGCCUUAGAGAAAGAAUGGCUAGCUUCAGAUUCCGCCCGCUUCCCUUCACAAACACUGCUUCUCCCAAACCAGCUGCACUGGCCAAAGUUCUCUGGAACAUUCAAGUGUGAUGACACUUCACUUAGUUUACCAAGUCAUCCUGCUCAAGCUUGGCUCAGCAAUGAGAAGGAAAAUUCAUUUUCAUCGGAACACACACAUUUAAAUAGCAGAUUAGAAGAUAGAACUUUAUCCUGGACACCUGAAUCAAAGUCCAGUAGAAAGAGUUUGCUAAAAUCUGAAAAAGAAGAAAAAAUUUCAGAAGAAUGGGGAUUUAAGGAUAUUUCCACUGCACAACAAAUGCUGAAAAGAGCACGAAAAAUGAAAGCAACAAAAUUAAGGAAAAACUUAGAUCCUACUGUACGUCUAGCAAUAUUCAAAAACAAUGAAAACAAAGUUUCUCUUAUAAAGUCACCAAAGAAAGCCCAGUCCAGCAAAGAUAGUCACUUGGAAGGCAAAGAAUUUAUCUACAGGGAUACCACUGGACAUGAAAAAAUAGAAAGGAGUAAGGAAUAUACAUAUCAAUGGCUUCACACACAGGUCAAGGUUCAUGAAACUAGUUCCAGAAAUAUGAAAGGAGAACACUUCUUGCCUGAGUUAGAUCCAGAUAUACGCAAUGGUGGAAGAGUUCAGCUUGUGGCAAGACUUGUAAGCAGAGAAGACACGGAUUUAGACCUUUUUUCCAUGACCAGUGGAAGUGCUUUGUCUGUGAAGAGAGAAAAAAAAAAUCAGGCACACAGACACUCAGCAGGAUCUUCAAGUUUUUCAAUUAAGGGAGUUCUUGCACCAAAGAUUACAAAUACAAGACGAACUCAGAAAGAACGUAUAUCAUUUCGUGACAAUCCUGUUCAGCUCAGUGGUGGAUGGGGAAGUGGCAAAAGGAUGACGAAAACGUCAAACUAAUCCAUCAAGCUCCAGCAUUCCAAACAUAUGACAAACCAUUUCUUUCUAAGAAAUCUGUGGCUAUAUAAUCAUGUUUCCAAUUGGGUACAAAGUCUUAUGCUACUAUUAUUUCAUUUAUACAAUAUAAUUUCAUGUUAUAUUUAUUUCUCAAUUUUACUUUCUGGAGACAUUAUCCUUAUUUCCCAUCUGUAAAAUAUAGCUCUGCAGUUUGUUUAUAUGAUAUGCCUUCCAGAAAAUUAAUCAUUGAAAUAUUGGAAUGGAAUUUGCUUAUCCAAUUUUUGGUUUAAAAUGUUAUGAUGUACUAAAGAUGCUUUUGUUAACAAUAAUAAUUGUAAUACCAUAGGUACAGUAUAAAAGAAUAUAGUUUUAUUGCUUAAUGUAGAUUAAUGAAUAAUUAAUUUUACUUGGUUAUACUAUUAUAAUUGGAUAUUCAAAGUUUAAGUUAUGUGUAUAAAGUCAAAAUAGACAAUGAAAUUGACCUUUUAAAAAAUUCUAAAAUGUAGAGCUAUUAUAUGAAAAUUGUUGAAAAUUGAAUAUAAAUUUAAUAAUUGUAUCUGUAAAUGUAAAUUUCAUGUAAUACAUAUGUUAUUUGUAUUAUAAAAGGUGGAUGCAGUUCUGAUUUAUUGUUGGAUUUUGGUCUAUUGUUACUCUACUAAUUCAAAAAUAUUCUUUUACUUUUUGUUAUCAUCCUAUAAAAUUAUCAAUAAAAUUUUUUCAAAGCUCAGUCUAAUGCUAUCAAUAUCUAUUUUCUAAAAUUAUGAUCAGCUUUAUUAAUCUCUUACUAGUGUUAUGAUUAAUAGUCUGUGAUAUCUUGUGCAGAAGUUUUUCCUUAUAGUUUAUGCCCCACAGGCUCUAUUAAUUUUCUGUCUCUGGAGUGUCUGUUGCAAAGCUAAGUUCUCUAGUGACUCCAAUAUGUUACUUUAUAAUAGAUUCCAGUAACUUUUGUUGGUCUUCAUAUUUAUUUCUUUCUAAACUUUUCCCAUCCCUUAUUGAAAUAUUUCACCUAGAAGUGACUAAGCUGGAGAGGGGCAUUUAUUUAGUUUGUACUCCCCUUCUUACUUUUAGAGUCCUAUUACAUUUUAAAGCUGUAAAUCUCUUUUAACUUUUUGAGAUAGGAAUGUUAAUGAGCCUUGAGUUGUCAAUCAAUAAAGAAAACAUAGAUUCAUAUGUUGUGGCCUAGAAAUGGAGCUUUGGAACAUAAGCUCCAUGUGUAGCUGCUUAUGAACAUGCUGUUAUGUCAUCCUUUAACUAACAGCAUCCACAAACCAACAUAAUGUAAUGAUGGAAAAUAUUUUAUCUCAGCUUAUUGUGGACCCUGCAGGAGAAAACCACAAUAAAGUAGAUAUUGAUGGGGUUUUAUGGUUCAUAUGCUCAAAUCAAUGAAGUGGAAAGGCUAGUAAGAGAAAUGAAAUGCUUAUGAUUAUACUGUGUUAGUGCCUAAAAAUAACUUUUAAGUUAUA